UACUUUUAGCUUCCCCCAUCCUGCAAGGCCACUCAACCAUGCGCUAGCUGCAGUGAUCUUGAUUCACAAUGUCUUUACGAAAGCUCAUGCAACAGAGCAGCAAUGGCAGUGUGGUGGACUACUGUGCUGGUCCAGUGUAUAGCUCUUACUCUACACUCACAGGCAGCCUUCAGAUGGAUGAUAAUAGGAGGAUUCAAAUGCUGGCAGACACUGUGGCCACUUUGCCUCGGGGACGAAAGCAGCUUGCUUUGACCAGAUCAAGUUCUUUAGGUGAAUUUUCCUGGCCUCAAAGCAAACUGGUGAUUGUGGAAAAGCAGGAUAAUGGAACAUUUGGAUUUGAUAUUCAGACUUACAAACUCCAGAACCAGAACACCUGCUUGUCAGAGAUGUGUACUCUGAUCUGCAAAGUAAGGGAGGACAGCCCAGCUCACUGCUCUGGCCUGCAAACUGGUGAUAUCCUUGCCAAUAUCAAUGGCGUGAGCACAGAAGGCUUCACCCACAAACAAGUGGUUGACCUGAUCAGAUCGUCAGGAAACCUGCUAACGAUAGAGACUCUUAAUGGAGCAAUGAUUCUGAGAAGAAUGGAACUGGAGGCAAAGCUACAGGUUUUAAAGCAAACUUUGAAAAAAAAAUGGGUGGAGUUCAGAUCUCUGCAGUUACAGGAACAGCGCCUUCUUCAUGGUGAUGCAGCUAACUGCCCAAGUUUGGAAAACAUGGACAUAGAUGAAUCGUCUUUGUUUGGAACGCUGCCUGGGCCGGGCCCAGCCCUUGUGGACCGAAAUCGAUUAUCCAGUGAAAGCAGUUGUAAGAGCUGGCUGAGCUCCGUGACCAUGGACAGCGAGGACGGCUAUCAGAUGUGCGGGUCUGAGGACUCUAGCGGGGGGUCCUUCAGCCGGCAGACAAGCACAGAUGACGAGUGCUUUGUCCCCAAGGAUGGGGACGAUUUUCUGAGGAAGUCUUCGUGGAGGAGGAACCGGAGCGUCAGCAAUGCCAGCAGUGGGUCCCUGUCUCCCUUGUGUGAGGGCAAUUUCUCAAGCAUGUUUGGGACCCUGCCCCGGAAGAGCAGACGAGGAAGUGUCCGGAAACAACUCUUGAAGUUCAUCCCUGGCCUUCACCGCCCCGUAGAAGAGGAAGAGAGUCGCUUUUGACCGCUUCCGGUGUCCUUUCCCAUUAGCUUACUUCAGAAGUAUCUCUAGACCCGUCUGGAUUAACUCCACCCAGUUUAGUGGGAAAGUGCUACUGACGGAACUUCUCAGAUGGACUGAGAAACUGACAUCCCAUGUUACAGCAAUAGUGACCUUUAUUUAAACUUUUGUGUCUUUGUUUUUUGCUUCUUAAAUCAUUUUUCAACCAGACCAGCUCAAGUUCUGAGCAGACUUUAGGGAAAUCUGGUAAUAAAUUAGAUAAUAAAAAAAAUUAACAAAAGUUGAUGUUCACUUUAAUGUUGCUGAUAGAGGCAAGCUUAUUGUUUUCCAGAUUGUUCAUGCUGAGAACUUUUUGGUGUUAAAUUUGAAGAAGGAUCUGAGAGAAUAUAACUGUUUGGAAUACCUUCCAUGGGUUAAUUGGUUUGUUACAAAACCUUAGGUUUGCUUAAGUUCAGUAACCUCUAGGGAUGCUUUAUAAUAUACAGUUUUGAAUGUGUAUGUCCAACCAAAGAUGACCAUCAGACAUUUUCCAUGUCCACUGUGACAAUACAGCAGGGAGUUUAAGAUUUAAUGGAAGGGUCUAAGCUUUAUGAGAAACAUGGAAAGUGGUUGUUGGUCUGAGAUAAGUAUUGAGGAAGAUUCCAGUAAGAUCUCUCUCUCUCUCUUUUUUUUUAUAGGCAGUCUUAACAAAAAUGGUAAGAAUCUCAUUUUUCUUGCCUGAUUCAACUUUUGUUCUGCCCGAACAUUGAUAACAAAUCCGGAAGAACUCUCAAAAUCCUGCACCUUUGUGAUUUUUUUGAGUGUGAUACUUUUUGCUACAAAUGUCUAAAGUCUGCAAAAUUAAGAAUUGGGAAAGGAUUUUCCCCCUGUAUAUUUUUUUCACAUCAUCCCUCAUUUUAUAUUAUAUAUCCCAAAUAGUUAUUAUCUCAGCUCUUUUUUUGCGUAUUAGUUAUGUUAGUAUCAUAUUACAUCUACACUUGAAAUCACAUUUUUAUUCAGUAAUAUUAAAGCACAUGAUUUUGCUGUCCUGGUGAUGCAGCUGCUGCUACUUAUACUCUAGAGUAGAUAAUUCAGACUAUAUAAUAAAUAAUCCUUAAUGAUUUUAAACUCUGUGUGUGUAUGUGUGUGGUUGGGAGGAGAGACAACUGGCUUUGAGUGGGACUACUACACUUCAGUAAACUUCUAAGUAGUCCAAGAGAUUUAUCAUUUUGAGAGAAAUAAAACAAUUUUUGUA